AGAGUAUGUUGGAGAGUGAUGGAAAGAGAUUUGUGGGGAUUAGAGUACACCUUGUGUGCGCACUAAGAGGAAAGCGGACCAAGGCAUAUUAUGAAUCUACAACACAACACGACUCUGUGGGCCCAUUUCCGCCAUAGCCAAGAACCAGCCCCCACCUCGACACUCUCCCCAUCAUUACCUUCAAGAAUUCCUCUUCUGCACUUUCCAGUUUUUAUCAACAAUUGUACCCACAAACAACUAACCGACAACGUUUCUCAAUUACAGAAAACCCAUCUCGUAAAACAUUGCCUCCUCAAAUUGUUUUCUUUUGGUUUUUUUUUUUUUUUUUCCUAGUUUCGGUCUGAUUCUUCUGUCUAGAAAAGUGAAAUAACUUCGCUUUUGGUGAUGGGUGGCUGGUGAGGAAGUGAGUCUGGAGCUUGUCUCUGUUUGGUGUGUGAUGGGGAAUUGCUGGUGUAGGUGGGAAACCUCAAUUUACAGGGUCUCAACCAAUGCAAAGCCAGACCAGCCCCAAUUGGUGAAACAAAGGAACGAUGAUAGCAAAUUACCAUCGAACCCAAAAGAAGUAGAAGAUUUGCGCCGUGAUUCAGCAGCGAAUCCAUUGGUUGCCUUCACCUUCAAUGAGCUGAAGAUAAUCACUGGAAAUUUUAGGCAAGACCGAGUGCUUGGGGGAGGAGGGUUUGGAAGUGUUUAUAAAGGGUUUAUUUCUGAGGAUCUAAGGGAAGGGCUUGCUCCACUUCCUGUAGCUGUUAAGGUUCAUGAUGGUGACAACAGCUAUCAAGGUCACAGAGAAUGGCUGGCCGAAGUCAUAUUUUUGGGGCAGCUUUCUCAUCCAAAUUUGGUAAAAUUGAUUGGAUAUUGCUGUGAAGAUGAGCAUCGGGUACUUAUAUACGAGUAUAUGGCGCGGGGUAGUGUGGAAAAUAAUCUGUUUUCAAGAGUAUUGCUUCCUAUGUCUUGGUCCACUAGAAUGAAAAUUGCAUUUGGAGCUGCAAAAGGACUUGCCUUUCUCCAUGAAGCUGAGAAACCUGUCAUCUAUCGUGAUUUUAAGACGUCUAAUAUUCUGUUAGACUUGGACUACAAUGCAAAGCUCUCUGACUUUGGCCUUGCAAAAGAUGGGCCAGAGGGAGACAAGUCUCAUGUUUCUACUCGCAUAAUGGGAACAUAUGGGUAUGCUGCACCCGAGUAUAUUAUGACAGGCCAUCUAAGUUCUAGUAGUGAUGUUUAUAGCUUCGGCAUUGUUCUUCUUGAACUUCUUACGGGAAGAAAAUCCUUAGACAAGUUCAGGCCAGCCCGAGAGCAGAACCUAGCAGAUUGGGCUCUCCCGUUGCUUAAAGAGAAGAAAAAAUUUCUGAAUAUCAUAGAUCCAAGACUAGAAGGAGAUUAUCCUAUUAAAGGAGUUCACAAGGCAGCCAUGCUAGCUUACCAUUGCUUAAACAGGAAUCCAAAGGCAAGGCCUCUAAUGCGAGAUAUAGUGGACUCCUUGGAGCCUCUUCAAGUCCCUACUGAGGUUUCAACUGAAAAAACUAUGUUAACUAUAAUUAGCCAAGUUUCAGAUACAGAGUCAAAAGGAAAAGAAGAUGCACAGAGUAACUGAGUACUUGGUCUGGGUUUUUCUUAUUAAGCACCUUCUCCAGUUUAAAGGGAGAAGUUUUUGCAUUAGGUAGCCUUCUUCUUCUUCUUUUUCUUUUCUUUUUUUGAAAGGGGGAAUUUGGAAAGAGAGUUUAAUGCUUUGAUUUGUUGUUCUUUCCUUUUUAACACUAAAUAUGAUUGUCAUAGUUACUUGAAA